CUGGCGAAGAAAACAAGAUCCGGGGCCCCGCUUAGCAAAAAUAAUGGUGAUGUUCGCGCAAAGGUUCGUAUUGGAAUUAGGGGCGCAGACGCUUGCGGCAAUGGAGGAUGCGUAUAAGAACUGAGCUGACCUCUGGCGUACGAGGUUGGAACCGACCUGUAUCGUCAACCAGGUUUGACUCUGUGACAUCUGGCUACGAAGCAUGUCUUUCUCACGUCUCCUCGCCUUCUCCUUGCUAGCCAUCACGCCAUUCCACUUCCCCCCCGCCCUCGCCCAAUCCUCCGUCCAAACAACCGGCUACCUCACCGUCCCCUCCGCAUCCCUCUACUACGAAACCUAUGGCACAGGUCCCCUCCUCCUCUUCAUCUCCGGCGCAAACGGCGACGCCGACAUCUGGCGGCCCGUAGCCAAACUCCUCGCCGCCAACUACACCGUCGCCAUCUACGACCGCCGCGGCUUCUCGCGCUCCUACCUCUCGCCCACCGCCGUGCAGAACUACACGCUGCGCCUUGAAACCGACGCCACCGACGCAAAACAACUGCUCGACCAUCUCUCCCCGGGCACGCCCGCCACAGUCCUCGGAACCUCCUCCGGCGCCCUCGUCGCGAUGCAGCUCCUGCUUAUGUACCCCGCCGCCCUCAAAACGCUCAUCCCCCACGAACCCCCCGCGCUCACCAUCCUCCCCGACGUCGCGGCCCUCGUCGCCGGCCAGCGCGACGUCUACGCCGUCUACCGCGCGCUCGGCAUCCCCGCCGCGCUGCUGAAAUUCCUCACGCUGUACGAUCCCAGCGCCUCGUUCAACCCGGGCACGGAUAGCGUCUCUGGCUUUUCGAUCGAUGCGCGCGAGUCGCCGUUUGUGAGUGGGAAUCUGCAGUACUGGUUUGAGCGGGAGGUGCUGCAGUAUCCGCUCAAGGAGUGGGAUUUGGAUGCGCUGGGCGCCGGGGGCAGGAAGGAGAAGUUGGUGCUGGCGUGUGGGAGUACGACGAGCGCGGAGGGUGCGCAGUAUCGGAGUAAUGUGGUUAUGGCGGAGAGGUUUGGGUUGAAUGUUACGUUGCUGGAGGGGAGUCAUGUGGGGUAUGCGGGGGAUACGAUGGUGGGCUGGGCGAGGGAUUUGGUGGGUGUGUUGGCGGGGAGGAGGUGA